UGCAUAUUUAUAUACUAGCAAAAUUCUUUUGCAAGGGAACUUAUGUAUGUAUGACGUGGCUUUAUCUCAGUGAAGAUGAAAAGCCAAUAUGAACUCCUAAUCUACUUUGAGAAAGUUGUGUAGAAAAGAGCAAAAGUAAAAAUAAGUGAUUUGGUAGAGUGGAAAAAUAUUAAUAUUUAGUUACUUAUAGACGACCAAAUUAGCCCAUUGGGCCACGCUUCAUUUUAACAAACUGACUUUUAUAGUUUUUAAUUGCUUUUUUCUUAAUAACUAUUUUAACCUUGUCAUCUUCUACUUAACCUUUUUUUUUUUUUUUUAAUGAACAAAAGUUUAGGGGAGGGGAGGCUACCCAUUGCAAGGUUAGGGCAUAUUAAGAUCUUUUUGAGGACUUACAGAGGGGAUUUUAGUCCUUUUUUUGGUUUUUAUAGAUUACCCACUAAGAGGGACUGUUGGCAGCGGGACUCAAACCUAUGCCUGGAUAGUAAAGAGAACAAUCUUUACCAACUCAACCAACUCUCAUUGGCUAUCUUCUACCUAACAUUAUGGUUAACCAAACGGGAUCCUUGUCAUCUUUACCAACUUAUAAUAACUCUACUUGUUCCCUCAGACAAGGUUUUGGUGUUCGAGUCCUAGCAUCCAUGUAUUGUGUGAGUUUAGUAUACUAUUGCUCAUCUCAAUAACAAAAAAAACAAAAAAACUAUUUGUACAAUUUGUGAAAUUCAAAUAUUAAUAGCGUUAAAUACUUUCAAUUAUCUCAAUCACUACCUAUUAUGCUCGUCAUCACCUAGAUUGUCUUAGUUUCAUUUGUCUCGUAUAAAUAUUUGACUUUGGCACGUGGAGUCGUGUAAAAAAAUGUGAUAGAACUUAUAUUUUGGUGACUAUCAUAUUGAUAAGCUUAAGAUAAGCAACCAAAAAGAAAAACAAAUAUCAUAAGUUCCCCAACUCUGAUCAUAAAAGUUAUUUAAAAAAAAGCAGAACAUAAAAUGGAAAAAUAAAAUAAAAAUAAAAUUUUGCCGCGCUUUUUCCGUCAAUGGGAUAACGGUCAUGGGAACCCGAAAGCUCAGCCCUUCCUCUGCUGCUUCUUCUUCUUCUCCCCACAUAUCUCUCAAAUUAAUCUCUCCCUGAUGGCCAAACCCCAAAAAGACAAAAACGCCCCAAAAUGGUUAACACAUUCCACCCGUACGCCGCCGCCUCCGCCCGCAUCCGCAACAUCUCGACCCCCUUCUCGAUCCGGAAGGAGAUCCCCUGGUGGUCCCAGAUCCAAGACCCGGGAUCCGAACGCGUGACCCUCUGGAACCACAUCUUCUUCGUCAUCUGCAUCAUGGGCCUCUUCCUCGACCCCAUCUACUUCUUCCUCCCCAGCAUCGGCGGCUCCUCCUGCAUGAAAAUCGACAUGGGCCUCGGCAUCAUCGUCACCUUCCUCCGUACCGUCUUCGACUUCUUCUACAUCUGCCAUGUCGCCGUCAAGUUCCGGACUGCUUUCGUUGCUCCCGGGUCUCGGGUUUUCGGGCGAGGCCAGCUCGUCAUGGACCCCCGGGCAAUCGCCCUCCGCUACCUCAAAUCCGACUUCUCUAUCGACCUCGCCGCCUCCCUCCCUCUCCCACAGAUUAUGAUUUGGUUCAUAAUUCCAGCAGUGAAAACCCGAACAGCUGCCCAUGCUAACCAUACCCUUUCUCUGAUUGUUCUGCUUCAAUAUGUUCCUAGAUUUAUUCAAAUUUUCCCGCUAAACCGGCGGAUUACUAAACGUACCGGUGUUGUAGCCAAGACUGCUUGGUCAGGGGCUGCAUACAAUCUCGUUCUGUUUUGUCUAAUUGCACAUAUUGUUGGGUCUACGUGGUAUGUGUUGUCCAUUCGACGGCAGUAUGAGUGCUGGAAGGGUGAAUGCAGCAAGGAAAUUAAUAAAACACAUUCUCCAUCCUGUAAAAUUUCGUUUCUUGAUUGUAGCAGUGAAGGCAACCCCGAACGCGAUGCUUGGCUCAAGAUCUCAAAGGUGGCAGAAAGUUGCGAUGCUAAUGAUGACAAAGAUUUUGAUUUUGGAAUGUUUGCUGAGGCUUUCACUAACGAGGUUGCUGGUGCAGUGUUUAUUGAAAAAUACUUCUAUUGCCUCUGGUGGGGUAUGAGAAAUUUAUGUUCAUAUGGACAAGAUAUUGAGACAAGCACUUCCGCCAGUGAAACCUCAUUAUGCAUUCUCAUUUCCAUUCUUGGUCUCGUUCUCUUCUCACAUCUCAUGAGCCAGAUGCAGACCUAUCUGCAAUCUGCAACGAUUAGACUUGAAGAAUGGAGGGUUAGAAAAAGAGACACAGAGGAGUGGAUGAGGCAUCGUCAACUCCCUCCAGAAUUGCAAGAACGUGUUCGUCGUUUUGUUCAAUAUAAGUGGAUUGCCACAAGAGGGGUAGAUGAGAAAAACAUUCUGGAGGCUUUGCCUACGGAUCUCCGCCGUCAAAUUCAAAGGCAUUUGUGUCUUGCCCUUGUCCGCCGUGUACCCUUUUUCGCACAAAUGGAUGAUCAGCUUCUGGAUGCCAUAUGUGAACGCCUCGAGUCAUCCUUGAAUACCAGGAACACAUACAUCAUCAGGGAAGGUGAUCCUGUGAAUGAGAUGCUUUUCAUCAUCAGAGGGCAACUUGAGAGCUCCACAACUGAUGGUGGAAGGACAGGGUUCUUCAACUCAAUAACCCUCAGAGCCGGUGACUUCUGCGGCGAAGAGUUGCUUACAUGGGCCUUGAUGCCUACAUCAAGCCUCAACCUUCCAUGCUCAACUCGAACGGUGAAGUCUCUAACAGAAGUUGAGGCAUUUGCACUGAGAGCUGAAGAUCUCAAGUAUGUUGCAAAUCAAUUCAAGCGCCUUCACAGUAAGAAACUGCAGCAUGCUUUUAGGUACUAUUCACACCAGUGGAGAACAUGGGGGGCUUGUUUUAUACAAGUUGCUUGGAGGAGGUUUAGGAAGAGAAAGUUGGCAAUGGAAUUGGCAAAGGAGGAGGAGUAUUAUUACACACAUGUUUUGGACCAAGAAGAGCUUGGCAACAGCAAUUCAGAAUCAAGAAUAGGAGGUGGCAGUACAGAUUAUGAGGGUAGAGGUGCUGAGAGAUCAUCAUCAGUGGGAAAUAUUCUGCAUAAUAUUCCACUUGGGCCUGCAAUUUUGGCAUCCAAAUUUGCGGCAAACACCAGAAGAGGGAUUCAGAAGGUGGCAUCAGUACUUCACCACGAUGAAAGCAGCUCCAGCAUGCCCAAAAAACUGUUCAAGCCAGAUGAGCCUGAUUUUUCAGCAGACACUUGAGCUUAUAAUGAUAAUCAUAGUCAUUUUAUUGCAACAUUUUUGUUAUUAUUUUUUUGUAAUCUAUUCUAUGUUGGCCAUGUGAUGUGCCUUCC